CAAAUUGCUCCAAAGGGCUCAAGAUUGUGUGAAAAAUAUGUUUCCUUUAAAAGACACUGAGAUGGGUGCCUCCACCUUCUUUGCCUCAGCUCUGCCUCAUGAUGUUUGUGGAAGUAAUGGCCUUCCUCUGACACCUAACUCCAUCAAAAUUUUGGGAAGAUUUCAAAUCCUUAAAACAAUCACUCAUCCCAGGCUUUGCCAGUAUGUUGACAUUACCAGAGGUAAACAUGAGAGACUGGUUGUGGCAGCUGAACACUGUGAAAAGAGUCUGGAAGACUUGCUACGAGAGAGAAAGCCAGUCAGUUCUUCAAGGAUCUUAUGCAUAGCAUAUGAGGUUUUACAAGGUUUGCAGUAUAUGAACAAACAUGGAAUGGUUCACCGAGCACUCUCCCCUUGCAAUAUUCUUUUGGAUCGAAAGGGACAUGUGAAGUUGGCUAAAUUUGGACUCUACCAUAUGACUGCUCAAGGUGUUGAUGUUGAUUUCCCUAUAGGGUACCCAUCAUAUCUGGCACCUGAAGUAAUUGCACAGGGAAUAGUCAAACCAAAUGAUCAUGCUCAGUGUGAGAAGCCUCUGCCUUCUGGCCCUAAAUCAGAUCUGUGGUCUCUUGGUAUAAUAUUAUUUGAGCUUUGCAUGGGGAGAAAAUUAUUCCAGAGUUUGGAUAUAGCAGAAAGAUUGAAAUUUAUAAUUAUGUUAGGCUGUGUAGAUGAUAUUGUAACUGUAUUGGCUGAAGAACAUGGUUGCCUUGAUGUUAUUAAGGACCUUUCUGAAAAUAUUAUAUCUCUACUGAAGAAAUGCCUUACAUUCCAACCUUCUAAGAGGCCAACUCCAGAGGAAUUGCUACAUGACAGUUUGUUCAGUGAAGUAUCUUCAGCAUAUCCUCCUUUCCACAAACCUGUUGGUCUGUUCUCAUCCUCUCCAAGGUGUGCUAAUUUAACACUUCCUGAAGACAUAAGUCAAUUAUGUAAAGAUGAAGAUAAUGAUUACCUAGCAGAAAGAUCAAUUGAAGAGGUUUAUUAUCUCUGGUGUUUGGCUGGAGGAGAUUUGGAGAAAGAACUUGUCAACAAGGAAAUCAUUCGAUCAAAGCCACCUGUCUGCACGCUUCCCAACUUCUUAUUAGAAGAUGGUGAGAGCUUUGGGCAAGGACGAGAUAGAAGUUCUCUCCUAGAUGACACAACUGUGACUUUGUCCCUGUGCCAGCUCCGAAACAGACUGAAAGAUGUUGGUGGGGAAGCAUUUUAUCCAUUGCUUGAAGAUGACCAAUCAACUUUACCUCAUUCCAAUAGCAGUAAUGAGCUGUCUGCAGCUGCUAGUCUUCCUCUGAUCAUCCGGGAGAGGGACACAGAGUACCAGCUAAAUAGAAUUGUCCUGUUUGACAGGCUGUUGAAGGCCUACCCAUAUAAGAAAAACCAAAUUUGGAAAGAAGCUAGGGUUGACAUCCCUCCUCUUCUGAGAGGCAUAACCUGGGCUGCCCUGUUGGGUGUUGAGGGUGCCAUAGAAGCAAAAUAUGAUGCCAUUGACAAAGACACACCAAUUCCUACAGACAGACAAAUUGAAGUUGAUAUUCCUCGUUGCCAUCAGUAUGAUGAAUUGCUGUCAUCACCUGAGGGUCAUGCAAAGUUUAGACGUGUAUUGAAGGCCUGGGUUGUUUCCCAUCCUGAUUUGGUGUACUGGCAAGGUCUUGACUCUCUUUGUGCACCGUUUCUGUACUUGAAUUUUAACAAUGAAGCUCUGGCAUAUGCCUGUAUGUCUGCUUUUAUCCCCAAGUAUUUGUAUAACUUCUUCCUGAAGGAUAAUUCUCAUGUUAUUCAGGAAUAUCUGACAGUGUUUUCCCAGAUGAUUGCAUUCCAUGAUCCAGAGCUGAGCAACCACCUUAAUGAAAUUGGUUUUAUUCCAGAUCUUUAUGCUAUUCCUUGGUUCCUUACAAUGUUUACACAUGUCUUUCCUUUGCACAAAAUUUUUCACCUGUGGGAUACAUUGCUGCUUGGAAAUUCCUCCUUCCCAUUCUGUAUUGGAGUUGCAAUACUUCAACAACUGAGGGAUCGUCUUCUGGCUAAUGGAUUCAAUGAAUGCAUUCUCCUUUUUUCAGACUUGCCAGAGAUUGAUAUUGAGCGUUGUGUUCGUGAGUCAAUCAACCUGUUUCGCUGGACCCCGAAGAGUGCUACAUACAGGCAAUAUGCACAGCCUCCACGGCAAGCCAGUGAGACCAAUGGCACAAGAAGUUCAAUGUCCUGCUUUUCAGCAGACUAUCAGGAAGCACCUCGAAGUGACCUAUCUAGGGAUUCUAUCAAGUUGGAUGACUUGAAGGCAGAGGUGUCACCACGUAUUUCAGCAGAAGAUCUGAUUGAUUUGUGUGAGUUGACAGGACCUAGUCACUCCAAAACACCUGUAAAGAAAACAAAGUCUAGCAAGCCAAAGCUGCUGGUGGUGGAUAUUCGUAACAGCGAAGACUUUAACCGUGGCCACAUUUCUGGCAGCAUCAAUGUCCCAUUUGCAUCAGCAUUUACUGCAGAAGGGGAUCUUGUCCAGUGCCCAGCAACUGCCACGCUCCAGAGCUUUAAAGGAAGAGUUGUGGUGAUUGUAGGAAAUGCAGUGAAGAACACAGCUGCC